UCCAAGCCUUUUUCAAGUCAAUCCUCAAGUCAAGUUAUAACUACGUAAAAACCACUUCUUUUUUCUUUCAUUUUCACUUGAUAAAAGGCACCAUGAAUUGUGUGUUCCCUGCUCAUAUCUCAUUACACUCUUCGUUUCUCGCACCCUCUUGAUUCUCUUCCUUGCCCAGAAACUCUCCUCCCCAUUCAUUUCUAUACAAAUCGCAGCCUACCCCCUAAGCAAUGGAACUACUAACUUUUCUUUCCACAAAUAUCAAUAACCUUUAUUCUCAAAAAAAGAAAUUUCUGGUUUCUGAUGCUGUGUCUGAUUACAUACGUUCGCCUUUUGAUCUAACCAAGAAAUUUAUAAGUUCCUAUGCAGUGUCUGAUCUAACCCACAAGCUUUCUGAUCAAAUAAAGAAAUUUAUGGUUUCUGGUGCUGUGUCUGAUUGCAGACGUUCGCCUAUUGAUCUAAUAAAGAAAUUCAUGGCUUCUGGUGCAGUGUCUGAUUUCAACUACAAGCUCUCUGACCUAAUAAAGAAAUUUCUAGCUUCUGAAACAGUGGUGUAUGUCCUCCAAUGGUUUAAGAAAGAAAGCGUUCCUAUAAUUGUUGCAGUAGUAGUGAUAGCACUCCUAGUACUCCUGUUUCGUAGUUGCUGCGGAUGGCUUGCCAAGGGUGUUCGUAGUUGCUGCGGAUGUCUUGCCAAGAUUGUUCGUAUUUGCAGCGGAUGUCUUGCCAAGAGUGUUAAAACAAUGAAAGCACCGGGGAGGAACUAUCGCAUACCAAGGAGUAAUUUUGAAGCAAAUCCUCGUGCUUAUUUUAGGGACUUGCGCAAGGGGUAGAAGAUAUAUCGAUCCUAAGCGUCCAAUAUGGUUGUUUCCAUAGACUUUUCUCCGGAAGCAGACUCGCUCUUCUUCAUGUCUUCAUCGACCCUACUGUAUUUUCUUCUUUUCGAGUGUUUUUUCAAAAGCUUUGAUCUGUUGUAGUAGAUGCUUUGUGAGCUUGCUUCAACUUACAUGUUUCAAUAAAGAAGUGAAUUGGCCUUCAUA